GUGGGGGUGGGAUGCAGCACCGGCCCCUCCAGAGCCAGAGGACACAAACGCACCACAGCUGUUCCUGCCUGGACGAUGAUGCAAGCAGCCCAGAGUCCUGGGAAGCUUUGCCAUAUGUCCUCGCUGUCUCCACGUCCUGGGUUUUCUCUUCUGGUUUGUUUUCAGACCUUAAAUGUGAGGGUCCAAGAAAAGCAUCAUCACAUAAGUCACCACAUAACAACAGAAAAUAUUUCUUUUCUAGCACAAGAGCGAAUGCACUCUUUGUUAAGUGGUUUUGCUUUUGAGAGAUAUUCUAUUUAUAAUCGGGUGAGUUUUCCGUCUCCUAUAGGCUGGGCUGCUGUAUUCUCGCAUGUGUUCAGUAGGCUGUCUGUGCGUCUUAAGUGACGCGUCACAUGGUUAGAUGCUGUCUGCGCAGCGCAAUCCUCCAAACACAGUAGUUCUUUUUUAUCUCAGGGUCGUGCAGUGAGAAACAAGCGCUUCAGGAAGCAGCUGGAUUUAGAUUCUGUAACUUUUUUUUUUUAAUUUCAUAGUUUUGGAGCAGAAGUUAUUUUACCCUCUGGAGAUGGACCACACACACAUAUAGCACUUCUUGCAGACGGAUGAUUCUUGAACGGAAACCAGUCAAGAAACCCUCUGAGUUGUUGGCAGCUCUGAUGUGGUGCAGCUGCAAUAGCCUCAAUCUAGAACCGCUGGACAGGAGCCGAGAGCAGGUUACAUGUAUCCAAAUAUGCGCGUAAUUGGAGUGCACUGGCGAGGCGUCCCUUCCACUCCUGCCGGGAUAUCGUUGUCGUGAUGUUCAAUACUUCGGGAAUUGGGGUCACUCUUUCCGAAGUUAUCAAUGGCACUCUGCAGCUUCUCAACAACCCCCUCGUCACCACUAGUCCCACACCCAUGUGGAACGUGUCGUGCGGGGAGCAGCUGCAGGAUUUCGGGCGCCCGGAGAAGAUCAUCAUCGGGGUGAUGCUGGCUAUCAUCACGGCGGUCACAGUCAUGGGGAACACGCUGGUGGUGAUCGCAGUGUGCGUGGUGAAGAAACUGAGGCAACCUUCUAACUACCUGCUGGUGUCCCUCGCAGUGGCGGACCUAUCAGUGGCCAUAGUUGUGAUGCCGUUUGUCAUAGUGACAGACCUCACCGGGGGCAAGUGGCUUUUUGGGGACACGUUUUGCAACAUCUUCAUCGGCAUGGAUGUUAUGUGCUGCACUGCUUCCAUCAUGACCCUGUGCGUGAUCAGCGUGGAUAGGUAUCUUGGGAUCACGCGGCCUCUCACCUACCCAGCCCGGCAGAACGGUCAGCUGAUGGCAAAGAUGAUCCUGGGAGUGUGGCUGGUGUCAGCAUCCAUCACCCUGCCACCCUUCUGCGGCUGGGCCAAAAACGUCCACACAGCCGGUGUGUGCCUCAUUAGCCAAGACUUUGGCUACACCAUCUAUUCCACAGCCGUAGCCUUUUACAUCCCUAUGCUGGUCAUGCUGGUCAUGUACUACAAGAUCUUCAGGGCUGCUCGCAAGAGCGGCGCCAAGCACCGCUUCACUGACCUUCCGCGGCGCGAACGGCUUGAAACGGUGGCUAAUGAGGCGCUGCGCAUGCAGGGCCUGAAGCCACCUGGUGUGGCGGAGGAAUGUGCCGCCUUGUCCCGCCUGCUGAACCGUGAGCGCAGAAACAUCUCCAUCUUCAAGCGGGAGCAGAAAGCAGCCACAACGCUGGGGGUGAUCGUCGGGGUCUUUGCUGUGUGCUGGCUGCCUUUCUUCAUCCUGUCCACUGCCAGGCCCUUCAUCUGUGGCGUGGAGUGUAGCUGUGUGCCCAUCUGGCUGGAGCGCACGCUGCUAUGGUUGGGCUACGCCAACUCCCUCAUGAACCCCUUCAUCUACGCCUUCUUCAACCGAGACCUGCGCUCCACUUACCGUGACCUUCUCCGCUGUCGCUAUCGCAACAUCAACCGUCGACUGUCCGCUGUGGGCGUGCACGAGGCUCUCAAGGUGUAAGGCAGGGUACGCGAGCAGCGCAUCUUGAGUCUCAAACAGCGUGGUAUGCCCUGUGCCCUGUGCUUGUACACUUGGUGGCUCUCAGGCCCCUCUGCAACGGCAGAGAGACAGCACGUUUACUUGAGCGUGUGUGUGACUCAGUCUUUCUAUUUUGGGGAAGAAAAUCAUAGAGCGUACUUGAUGGGCUAUUCAAGUCGACACUGCUUUUGUGCAUAUGCCACGAUUCUGUCCUGGCUCCGGAUUUAUGAUGGGAUAAUGUGGUGACAAAGGAAAUGACAUGUAAACACAAUCAAUCAUCCCAGUGCUUUCAAAGGGAACAGAAAGCAAACACAUUUCUGUACAAUAUCAAAAUUGAUGUUUGAUAAGUAAAUGUUUUGUGCACAGUGUCUUCAUCAAACACGCAUUUGAGGACAUCCCAGAUUAAUUUUCAAACAGGAGUUGAACACUUUGAGGUGUAUUGUGCUUUGUGCCAGGAUUAAAUAUUAUUUAUAUCACUUUAUCUCCAGUCAUAGCUUUCAAUUUGGUCUUCUAACUAAAUUUACCAGGAGCACCUUAAAUGUUUCACAAAUGUUUAAAAUGUGAUGAUGCCAAAUGAACGGGGGCGGGUGGAAAAUGGUGUUAAGAUGCAACAUGAAGGGAACAUCCUCCAUUCAUGGAAUCUCAGUGUUUGUUGCUAUAAAAAGAAACUGAAAGUAGUUUGUUUAGUGUCUGCAUGAAACAUAUUUGUCUUACACGCCACUGUAUACAUAAAUCAUGAGAUUUUGAAUAGUGAAGGACGGUUUGGCAGAAAGGUUUCCAUGUUUCACCCAAAUACUUUAUUGCACACUUGAAUUCAAUAUGAACUCAGACACCAGGUCUCAGAAACCAUGAUACUGUGGACCGUUUUCACUCUUCUUAUUUUGCCUUGAUCGGUCUCAUCCCACUUUUGGCUGCUGACCUUCUUGGAUGGUACAGCACAUGAAACCUGCUGAACCCUGCAGUUUUCACUUAGAGAAUUUACGUGUUUCUCAGACUCUUCUGCUCCACUGGUUGUCAACAGUGUUUAUCUUUCCUUUUGAAUCAGGAUGUGGUCACGUCCUUCUUGGCCACACUUCUGUCUGAACUCUGUGGUGACCUGUAAGAGCCUGUGUCAAAUGCCAUCAGUUCAGCAGUGUGUGCUUUUUCUACCUCAAUUUUUUUGAGUUUACAGUACAUUUCCUCCAAACAGAUGUACUGCGCUGUCUUGCAUCAUUUUGUAAUUAACUGCUAUUUUAUAUGGUGUAAAAUCAAUCUGUCUACAACUACUGUGUUUGCUCUGUUUGACCGCUUUGUCAUUACCUUCAGAAACAAGCUGGGGAAGUGGCAAAGCAUUUCACACAUUGUAAAUAAAGAAACACUUGUUUAAAAUA